AUGGCGGCGGUGGCCGAUGACAGCCCGCCCAGCCGAGGUCGCUGGGGCCGAGCGCGCCGCGAGGCCUGUGCCCAAGGCUACGGAGGCCGCCGAAGCCGAUGGGGUUCAGACGCGAAGGCGGAGAAGACUUCCGCCCAGGAGGAGGAGGACUUCCGCCCACUCGUUUUGGAGGGCGGACCGCGUCCUGGCGUAGGCUGCUUCCUUCGACUCCGGCGGGGCCUGCGAAUGCCACAGCUUGGCCUCGGGAGCGGCGGUCUGGAGGGCCGGGAGGGCCGCGAAGCCAUUGCCGCGGCCCUGCGCGCAGGUUAUCGACUCAUCGACACGGCGCUCUACUACAGGACGGAGAAAGAGAUUGCGGCGGGCAUACGCCUCGCAGGCUUGUCGAGAUCGGAGGUUUUCAUCUCCACCAAAGUGCUGCAAAAAGCGCACGCCAGCAAUGCCCAGGUGCGUGAGUCGUUGAAAGAGAGCCUCAAAAACCUGGGUAGCAACUAUGUGGAUCUCUACCUCAUCCACAACCCCAGGGCGGGACGCAUCAAGGAGGUGUGGGCACUGCUGCUCCAGCUGCGAGACGAAGGGCUUGCAAGAGCUGUUGGCGUUUCGAACUUCGGAAUCGCCCAGCUCGAAGGACUGCGGGAAGCCGGCCUGGAACUUCCCGAAGUGAAUCAGAUCGAGGUUCACUGCUGGAGGCAACUCCCAGAGGUGACCGCGUACCACGAGCGGCAUGGUAUCGCAACCAUGACUAUGGCCCCACUUGCCCGGGGGCGGAUGUUCGGCCACAGCGACCUGGCCAAGAUGGCAGAGGAGCUGGGUCGAAGUGAGGCGGAGCUGGCAAUCCGCUGGUCGCUUCAGAAAGGGUUCGUGCCCAUCCCAAAGUCCAUCAACUCGAGGCGCAUUCUGCAAAACAUGGCGGAUGGCUUUGACCUCAAUCAGCGGCAGAUGGACCGGAUUGCGCAGCUGGACUCCGGCUACAUGUCCUGUACCAUGGCCUCGCCCUGCCACGAGCUGGCCUGGGAACUGGUGGCCGACAGCAUCCCACACCCAGACGCCUGGGGCGGCAACCGAAAAGGAAAGGGAAGAGGGAAGCACACUGGCAGCUGGACGGAUGAUUACCAGACUUGGUGGUGA